AUGCAAGCACUCAACAUAAACCACAUCUUCAUCCGUUCCAAGCAGAAGCUGAGCCCCAAAACACCUACACAAGCAGUUUUCAAACAGCAUACGGCUACGAAUGCUCGAAAUUCAACCAUGCAAUCUCGUCUAUUUCCGGUGCCAACAUCCAUCUAUGGCACCGAUACCGGAAGCGGCACCAUCGUCUCUCUCCGUCGUAGCUCCAAUCGCAACCUCAUUUUUCUGAUCGGCGCUGCCCCUGCACGCCAACGCCGCCGGAUCAGCGUUACAUGUACCGUCUCCAACAGUCAUCAGAAUCACUACGCUGUUCUAGGGGUAUCCGCUGAGGCUACAACCUCGGAUAUCAAGAAGGCAUAUCGUCUCCUCGCUCGAAAGUAUCAUCCAGAUGUCAACAAGGAUUCACAAGCUAGUGAAAUGUUUAAAGGCAUUCGUCUCGCAUACGAGGUGUUAUCUAACUCCACAACAAGACACCAAUACGAUAAUUCCCUCCAUUUUCAACCUAGUACUGGUCCUCCAUGGCGUACAUACAACAUCGAUCUAGACGACAUAAAUUUACACAAAUGGUCUCAUUUUAAACAAAAAAUGAAUCACCAAGAAUGGUACGACUCGAAAUACCGAUAUUACCCUUUUGAUGAUGAAUCUGAAGACGAAGAGGAAGACGAUAAUACCCUUACCAACGAAAGACACUCGUUUACUGAAGUCUUGAAAUCCACGUUCCUGUCCAUAUUUUUACUGAAAACCAUAGGGGCUAAACUGUCACUCACUUUUAGCAGCUUGAUGGCUUUGCUUGACCCUAAGCUUGAUGGAGGGUACAAGGUUGGUUAUGUAGUUGCGUGGAUGUUGGGGGGUAAAAGCGGAAUUGUGCUUACUUUAUGCCUCUCGUUUGCUAGUUGGGUUUGUGGGAAAACAAGUAGUAAUGUUGUUGCUCUUGUGGUUGUUUCCAUGUGGGUUGGUUCAUAUAUUGCAAGGUUUGCGCCAAUUCCCCAUGGUGCCCUUCUUGCUCUUCUUUAUAUGUCUAUUAAACUCCAAGCUCAUCUUCACUAAACCUACU